GAGGCCGACGUGCGAUAUAAAUAAAUAAAUAAAUAAAUAAUAGCUCCAAAAUACAAUACAGAUUUACAGUUCCUGCUGAUCUCGAUCAAUUUAAAAAGUAGAAAACAGUUCUGGUUCAAACUAUCAAAACUACAAAUGUGAUAUUCACAACCUUAUCACACAUUUCAAGUUUUGAUCAAUUACCAACCCUUUCGUAAUAAACAAGUGAUUUAAAUUAUUGUGGAAUAAAUACAAGAAGAGGUGGAUUUUACUGGAAUUAACAUAACGAAAAGAGUGAAAGAAAUGCAAAAAUGAAAGACUUAUUGGACAUUGAGAUGACAGAGAUGGAUGACGAGAAGCACGAGUCAAAAUGGUCACAAUUGGUCCAUACAGUGGCAGAUAUUGGAGUUCAAGUGAAGGAAAGAGCGUCUGUUGCAUUUGAGCGUCACUUAGGGCGCAGUCCAAAUGACCGUGGUGGUGGGGAAACGAAUCUCUUAGACCCACACGAGACAUUGCAGAGGUCGUAUGGAUCAAUUUCUCCCAGCCCUGAACCCCACAGCAGAAGCCCCCCACACUCAAGUAACGGCGGUGGUGGUGGACUCCAAGUUGGAAUCCAAAAUCGAAGAAGGAAGCUCUCCGGAGCGGCUAUGGGUGGUCUGCCUAAAUAUGAACAGUUAUACAACGCGACCUCGUCAAAUUCUGCGAUGGAUCUCAACCCACCUUCCUACGCCACCCCUUCGGCACCACCGAUUUCCAAAGUUAACAUUCCCAUCAUUAAUAUUGAACAGGAUGACAACUUUCUCACGGUAGAUACCUCGUCCUUCAAAACCGGAGCUUAUGGUGCGUUAUCGAGCGGUUUCAACAGUGCGCCACCCUCGCCGGCCGCAACUAGUGGUGGAGUUGGGGGCGGCUCAGCAUUCGAUCUAGGAAAUUUCGAGAAUACUCAGCCUUUCACUAUUGCGAGAUGUAUCAAAAUUGGGAUUCUAAUGCUGUUUUUUGUUACCAUUUCUGGAAUUAUCACUGCCACGAAUGAAAAUGUGAUUCACUUUACGCAAAUCAGUGCUUCUUCUAGCAAGCCGUUUGUAUAUCCUUUAAAGCUAUUGAAAACGCUGACCCCUUGGUUUCCUAUUCUAACGCUGAUGGUCAAAGGAGCAUUCGUUCCCAAAUUGUAUGAUAACUUUACCACAAAUCGACUUAUAAUCGAUGUCGAGAAAAGAGAAGAAUGGCGUACGGAUGAUGGCGUGGUUAUCACGGAACGUUGGGAACUACCAAUUUUUAGUGAAAAAAGCAUCGGAAUUGUGCCGGAAACGAUGGAGUCUCAUGCAUUUGGCUUAGAGAAUCUGGACUGGAGUAAUGGGACUUACGUUAUCGCAUUCCGAACAAAUAUGGAAGGCAACUUUCCACUCGCAAUUUCAAUCAAGCUCGUUUCUCAAGUUGUGGAAAACGGUGCGAUUUUUGGAGGUGCAGUCAUCAUCGGUCUCUACAUUCUUAUCGUAUUCGAGUUGGUUAAUAGAACGUUGUCCGCAAUACUCGCUGCUACCACGGCCAUUGGAAUUUUGUCCAUGUUUGACGAGCGUCCCACAACUGAAGAAAUGGUUUCGUGGUUGGACAUGGAAACUUUGAUCUUAUUAUUUUCCAUGAUGGUCUUGGUUUCGAUUCUGUGCGAAACUGGAUUCUUUGAUUAUUGCGCUUAUCUCAUGUACAAAUUAACAAAUGGACAGGUUUGGCCUAUGAUAACAGCAUUAUGCAUCUUCACAGCAGUGGUUUCCGCAUUUCUUGAUAAUGUUACCACCAUUCUACUCAUGACUCCGGUGACAAUUAGAAUUUGCGAAGCAAUGGAGCUGAAUCCAGUCCCUGUGUUGAUAUCAAUCGUGAUAUUUUCCAAUAUUGGAGGAACUUGUACACCAGUGGGCGAUCCGCCUAACGUCAUCAUCUCGAAUAAUCCAGACGUUAUCAAGCACAAUAUUGACUUUGCGACCUUUACAACCCACAUGUUGCUUGGAAUACUUCCAGUGAUUGUAGUGGCAUAUUUUCAAUUGAGGAUUACAUUUCGCUCCAUGAAGUCGCUGCAAUUUUCGGAACCCUAUGCAGUUGCUGAACUUCGUAGAGAAAUUGAAGUUUGGGGCAGAGCUGCGGAUUCGUUAUCUUCCUAUUCCAAGGAUGAGAACCAUGUAAAAGCUCUCCUCAUCUCGAAAGUUGUUCAGCUGAAGAACAGUUUGAAGAGCAAGAUUAAGAUGGGAGGACAAUCCGAGGAAAUGUAUAAAGCCAAUUUGGAAGAGCUUCGAGAAACUUGCCGCAUCAGAGACUGGCCCCUUCUAAUAAAAUGUGGACUCGUGUUGUCCACCGUGAUCAUCCUAUUUUUUCUCCAUUCCAUCCCACAACUCAACUUAUCCAUGGGUUGGACGGCCUUGUUGGGCGCAGUUCUUUUGCUCAUCCUCGCAGAUCCUAAAGAUCUUGAAGGAAUCUUGUCCCGAGUGGAAUGGUCUACACUCAUUUUCUUUUCUGCUCUUUUCAUCGUUAUGGAGGGAGUAUCACGAUUGGGUUUGCUCGAAUGGAUUGGAACUCAGACCGAGAAUAUUAUUAGAAAUGUGAACUCAGAGUCGAGGUUGACAGUCGCAAUUCUUUUGAUUCUUUGGGUGUCCGGCAUUGCUUCUGCUUUUAUCGACAAUAUCCCAUUCACAACAAUGAUGGUCAAAAUCGUUACUCGCGUAGCGUCCAAUCUAGCUCUCCCCUUACAACCACUCAUUUGGGCGUUGGCUUUCGGAACUUGCCUUGGUGGAAAUGGAACAUUAAUUGGGGCCUCAGCCAACGUUGUUUGUGCCGGUGUAGCAGAUCAGCAUGGAUAUCGCUUCACUUUCAUGGAAUAUUUUCGGAUUGGGUUUCCAAUGAUGAUUGUCUCACUCAUAGUGGCAAGCGGUUAUCUUGUCGUUUGUCACAGUCUCUUCUCCUGGAACGAAUAAGAUUGCAUGGAAAACAUGAUCAAACUGCAAUUACAAAAUAAUGUACAUUAUCUAGUAACUUAUUAAAAUAUAGGCAGUAAGUAUGUAGCACCUGCUGGUACGUGAUACAAAUGUCUCAGAAUCAAGCUAGUUUUAAAAUCAUGCAAUCAACCCUAGAACUGAAAACUUUUAAACCCAAUUACUAUGUAUACUCGUGUCUCAUGUCACUCAUGAAACUAAACUGAAACUAGACAAAUAGAAAAUAUUAAUGAAUAAAAAUAAACCCUAUUUACAAGUA